CCAAAUCAACCGAGAGCUCUGAAUCUCUUUGCUUCUUGAAAUCGGUUGCAGCGGGAGACGAGAGACGCUCUGUCAUCGUCUAUAUAGCCUCCCUCGCCUCGCCUCGCCAUCCUCCCCUCUCCCAUCCUUUCUUGUAGCCUCCUUCCCUCCACGCGCGCCCGAGUUCUUGCGACCUCUGAAUCUCCUUCAUCUGGGCGUUCUUGCGAAGCUGUUCGACCGAGGCGAGAUGGGGGACAAGCGGAAGGCCACCGACGACGACAUCCCCGGGGCGGGGACGGAGACUACAGCCGUCGACGACACAUCACAGGCGCCUGCAGAACCGACGGCUACUGCAGCCGGCAGUUUGCAGCCGCUUCCAGGCCCCGCCGGCGCCCCUAUCCAGUUCCUUAGAGGCGGCCGCGGCGGCGGGUCGGGGCACGGGGGAUUCUCUCAGUCGGCACCGAUGACGAUGCUCGAGCAGCCACUGCGCAAUCAAGGCAGUCCGCGUGCGGCGCCUACAGCCGGAGCCGGCGACACUGCAGCACGGGUGUCUUCGGCGACUGUCACCGCUGCAGGCCCCCCGACGCCUGGCACGGGGAUUCGCUCCGCCGCUGGGGCAAUCCAGAUGCCUUGGUUCCUUGAUAUUGAUUUCUUGGUUUCUAAUUCUAUUCCCUCCACUGUGUAA